AUGGGUUUUGGCGACUUUGACACAAUAUGCAGGCAGGCCGCCCUGCCGCUAUGCACAAUGGUCGGUAGCAAUGGUGUCAAGGGCACCAAAGGAAUACAGCCCGCCUGCUACUCUCGCACAAUCGAGGUGGCCAACACGGUCAUCUUCCAGGGCGCUGCUGGCAUCGCCCACAUCUGCGCUCUGCUCAUGACUGUCAUCAUGAUUGUCCAUGUUCGCAGCAAGUUCACCGCUGUCGGUCGCAAGGAGAUCAUCAGUUUCUUCUGGGGAUACUUCCUGCUCACCAUCGUCUCGCUACUUGUCGACUGCGGCGUCGUUCCUCCUGGCUCUGGCGCAUAUCCCUGGUUCGUCGCUGUGCAGAACGGCCUCGCUUCCGCCACUUGCGUUUCCCUCAUGAUCGCAGGAUUCGUCGGUUUCCAGUUGUAUGAGGAUGGUACAUUUCUGAGUGUCUGGCUGCUCAGAAUCUGCUCGGCCACCAUGUUCGCCAUCACUUUCAUCAUCAGCAUCUUGACCUUCCAAGGCUGGGCCGGUCUGGGUCCCGACAACACCGUUGGUCUUUUCGUCGUUCUCUACAUAUUUAGCGCCAUAUUCCUCGCAGUCUACGUCGUCAUGCAGGUCCUGCUCGUCGUGGGAACUCUUCAAGAUAGAUGGCCAUUGGGCCACAUUGCUUUUGGCGUCUUCUUCCUCGUUGUUGGCCAGGUCCUCAUCUAUGCAUUCGGCAAGGCUGUCUGUGAGGGAAUUGCUCACUACAUGGACGGCCUCGUCUUUGCUACCGUCUGUAAUCUUCUUGCGGUCAUGAUGAUCUACAAGUUUUGGGACUCUAUCACCAAAGAAGAUCUCGAGUUCUCGGUUGGCGCAAGAGUCAACAACUGGGAUCUCAAGGCCCAACUUCUCAAUGAGGAAGAGAAGAGAGCCACCAUGUACAUGGACAGCGAAUACGAUAGCUUGUAUCACCAAGCCCCGCGUCAACAGUCCAUGUACGGGAGCUCCAACGGCAUCUAA